AUGGUCUCAGUGAAUAGAAUCUUAUUAGACGUCAAUAUCAGUGGUGGGUUCCAGGUGAUAUGGCCCGUUUGCCGGGAAGAUUCUCAUCAGUCAAUCGUCUCCUGUUCCGCCACGCUACUGACUCCUGUUGAAUCAGCUGAAAACAAGAAAAAGGAAUUUCCUCAAAUGCCUGAAGUGACUAAACAGAACCUUUCUCUUAAGUUAUCCAAGGAAGUGGAUCGAGGGGAAGCACGAUGUCCUCGUAUGAACCAGCUGGCCAACAGCCCAUCUAUAGAAUGGCCUUUCGCCGCCAUGGAGGAAGGGGGCGGUCUAGAAUCUCUGCCCUUCCGGCUGAUGAUGCAAGACUGCACAGCAGUAAAAACAUUGCUGUUGAAAAUGAAGAGAGUUCUCCAAGAGAGCUCAGAUAUGAGUCCUGCCACCAGUACCAACUCACUUCCUGUUAGCCCACUUACCGAGGAGCCGUUGCCAUUCAAG